UCCGCAGCAUUCCUGCGCGCUGGCGUCGCCCGACCUCCCUUAUGUUUCUCAGGGCAUUCUCCCACCCCAGCUCCUGGGGGCACAGGGCCGCCGGGGACGUCUGGGGAGCCCUGGGAGCGGGCGCACGGUAGGCUCGCCCCUCCGGCCGUCUUCUGUGAUCCAGCGAUGCGGCGAUCCUGGGGCAGGUGCCUGCGUAGGACCCGGCAGCUCUGUCGUGGGCCGGUGACGCCCAGCCUCUCCUGGGAGGAUCUUGCUCUUGGCCGUGUGAGCAGGAGCCCACCACCCCCAGCCAGGUGAAGGAAACACUCCUGGCCAGACGUCUUAAGGGAUGCUGCUGGAAAGGACGGAGGUGGACAAAAUUAUUACAGACUGAGAAGCAAGUUGGUUUUGGGGGAACCAUACUCUGAGGAUGUUGUUUGCGUUUGGUUAACAAGAGGAAAUACAGCUCUAGAAGAAGCCUUUGUAAAUAACAAUGUAAUUAGGUUUACAGCAGUCUUCUGGUGAGACUGGGAGCUCCUUGCCUUGGCAGACAUGAGUGACCCCAGGCAGUCACAAGAAGAAAAGCACAAACUCGGCAGAGCCUCUUCAAAGUUCAAGGAUCCUCCCCGAAUCAUGCAGUCAGAUGAUUAUUUUGCUCGAAAAUUUAAAGCCAUCAACGGCAACAUGGGACCCACCACUUCUUUAACUGCCUCCAGUUCCAAUGAGAGUGGUGGUCCAGCUAAUGGUACCCCAGCCGUGCCCAAGAUGGGUGUGAGAGCAAGGGUGUCUGAGUGGCCUCCUAAAAAGGACUCCUCCAAGGAACUGACCUGCAAGACCCUAUGGGAAAGCCGAUCCCAGACCAGCUAUGAAAGCGUCACAUCCAUUAUACACAAUGGGCAAAAUGAUGGGAGCGAUGGCCAACAGGAGGAGCCGCUCGAUCUGGACUUUGUGGAGGCAAAGUAUGCCUUCGGAGACAUCUUUGUGCACUCCCCACAAAGAGGACUGCACCCCAUAAGACAGAGAAGCAAUAGUGAUGUCACCAUCAGUGACAUUGACGCAGAAGACGUCUUAGACCAAAAUGCAGUGAACCCCAACACAGGGGCUGCCCUUCACAGGGAGUACGGAAGCACAUCGUCCAUCGACCGGCAGGGCUUGUCGGGGGAGAACUUUUUUGCUAUGCUUCGAGGGUAUCGGCUGGAGAACUAUGACCACAAGGCCAUGGCCCCUUUUGGGUUCCCCGAGUUCUUCCCCUGCGACCCAGCGAUCUCCCCCAGUCUUCACGCUGCAGCACAGAUUUCUAGAGGCGAGUUCGUACGCAUCUCAGGAUUAGACUAUAUGGACAGCGCCCUCCUCCUGGGGCGAGACAGGGACAAGCCUUUCAAACGGAGGUUGAAGUCAGAGUCAGUGGAAACGUCCCUCUUCCGCAAGCUGCGGGCCGUGAAAAGUGAGCAUGAGACGUUCAAGUUCACCUGCGAGCUGGAAGAUGGGCGUCUUGAGAGGGGGGUCCGCCCUUGGAACUGCCAGCGCUGUUUUGCACACUAUGAUGUCCAGAGCAUCUUGUUCAAUAUCAACGAAGCCAUGGCCACGCGGGCGAACGUGGGCAGGAGGAAAAACAUCACCACCGGGGCCUCGGCGGCAUCCCAGACUCAGAUGCCAGCCGGCCCGCCGGGCAGCUGUGACUCCCCGCUGGGGAGCAAGGAGGACCUCAACUCCAAAGAGAACCUCGAUGCCGAUGAGGGUGACGGAAAGAGCAAUGACCUGGUCCUCAGCUGCCCUUACUUCCGGAAUGAGACAGGCGGGGAAGGCGACCGGAGGAUCGCCCUGUCCAGGGCCAACUCGUCGUCCUUCAGUUCUGGGGAGAGCUGCUCCUUCGAGUCUUCGCUGAGCUCUCACUGCACCAACGCAGGCGUCUCGGUCCUGGAGGUGCCCAGGGAGAACCAGCCCAUCCACAGGGAGAAGGUGAAGCGUUAUGUCAUUGAGCACAUCGACCUGGGGGCCUACUACUACCGCAAGUUCUUCUACGGCAAAGAGCAUCAGAACUACUUUGGAAUCGAUGAGAACCUCGGCCCUGUGGCAGUCAGCAUCCGGAGGGAGAAGGUGGAAGACCCCAAGGAGAAGGAAGGGUCCCAGUUCAACUACCGGGUGGUCUUCAGGACAAGUGAGCUGACAACACUGAGAGGAGCAAUUUUGGAAGAUGCCAUACCCUCUACCGCCAGGCAUGGGACUGCACGCGGCCUCCCGCUCAAAGAAGUUCUGGAAUACGUCAUUCCUGAGCUCAGCAUCCAGUGCCUGAGGCAAGCCUCCAGCUCACCCAAGGUCUCGGAGCAACUGCUCAAGCUCGAUGAGCAAGGGCUGAGCUUUCAGCACAAGAUCGGGAUCCUGUACUGCAAGGCUGGCCAGAGCACCGAAGAGGAGAUGUACAACAACGAGACGGCAGGGCCAGCUUUUGAAGAGUUCCUGGAUCUGCUGGGCCAGAGAGUGCGGCUGAAAGGGUUUAGUAAAUACCGAGCCCAGCUGGACAACAAAACGGAUUCUACGGGAACGCACUCGCUGUACACGACAUACAAGGACUACGAGCUCAUGUUCCACGUGUGCACCAUGCUCCCCCACACGCCGAACAACCGGCAGCAGCUCCUGCGGAAAAGACAUAUAGGAAAUGACAUCGUGACCAUUGUCUUCCAAGAGCCCGGAGCACUUCCUUUUACUCCGAAAAGCAUCCGGUCCCACUUUCAACACGUCUUCGUCAUCGUCAAAGUGCAUAAUCCAUGUACCGAAAACGUGUGUUACAGCGUUGGAGUUUCUAGGUCGAAAGAUGUGCCACCAUUUGGUCCACCAAUUCCCAAAGGUGUAACUUUCCCCAAGUCAGCAGUAUUUCGGGACUUCCUUUUAGCGAAAGUCAUCAACGCAGAAAACGCAGCCCACAAAUCGGAGAAGUUUCGAGCGAUGGCCACUCGGACGAGGCAGGAGUACUUGAAGGACCUGGCGGAGAACUUUGUCACAACUGCCACCGUGGAUACCUCCGCAAAAUUCAGCUUCAUCACUCUGGGCGCCAAGAAGAAGGAGAAGGUGAAGCCCAGGAAGGAUGCCCAUCUGUUCAGCGUAGGAGCCAUCAUGUGGCACGUUGUGGCAAGAGACUUUGGCCAGUCUGCAGACAUCGAGUGUCUCCUUGGGGUUUCUAAUGAGUUCAUAAUGCUGAUCGAGAAGGAUUCCAAGAACGUGGUCUUUAACUGUUCCUGCAGGGAUGUCAUCGGGUGGACAUCUGGGUUAAUGAGCAUCAAGGUGUUUUAUGAACGAGGAGAAUGCAUCCUUCUGUCCUCAGUGGACAGCUGUGCUGAAGACAUCAGGGAGAUUGUCCAGCGCCUGGGCAUCGUGACCAGAGGCUGCGAGACCGUGGAAAUGACCCUGAGGAGGAACGGGCUGGGCCAGCUGGGCUUCCACGUGAACUUCGAGGGAAUCGUGGCAGACGUGGAGCCUUUCGGUUUUGCGUGGAAGGCCGGCCUUCGCCAGGGUAGCCGUCUCGUGGAGAUCUGCAAGGUGGCCGUGGCCACACUGACCCACGAGCAGAUGAUCGACCUUCUCCGGACCUCGGUGACUGUGAAGGUGGUCAUCAUCCAGCCCCAUGAUGACGGCUCACCUCGGAGAGGGUGUUCGGAGCUCUGCCGGAUCCCUAUGGUGGAGUACAAGCUCGACAGCGAGGGUGCCCCCUGCGAGUACAAGACUCCUUUCCGGAGGAACACCACGUGGCACCGCGUGCCCACGCCCGCCCUGCAGCCCCUGCCCAGGGUCUCCCCGGUGCCCAGCACGCCCGACCGGCUGCAGUGCCAGCCCCUGCUCCCGCAGAGCCAGGCCGCCAUCCCCCGCAGCACCUCCUUCGACCGGAAGCUGCCCGAUGGCACCAGAAGUUCGCCCAGCAAUCAGUCAUCGUCCAGCGACCCCGGACCCGGCAGCAGCGGACCCUGGAGACCACAAGCCGGAUACGACGGGUGCCAAUCUCCCCUGCUGCUGGAGCACCAGGCCUCCGGCCCUUUGGAGUGUGACGGGGCCAGGGAGCGGGAGGACACCGUGGAAGCAAGCAGACACCCCGAAACCAAAUGGCAUGGGCCGCCUUCCAAAGUCCUGAGCUCCUAUAAAGAAAGAGGCCUGCAGAAAGACGGAGGUUGCAAGGAUUCUCCCAAUAAACUUUCUCACAUCGGAGAUAAAAGCUGCUCCAGCCACUCCAGCAGCAACACGCUGUCCAGCAACACCUCCAGCAACAGCGACGACAAGCACUUUGGGUCUGGGGACCUCAUGGAUCCCGAGUUGCUGGGGCUGACGUACAUCAAGGGGGCCUCCACGGACAGCGGCAUCGACACGGCCCCGUGCAUGCCCGCUGCAGUCCUGGGCCCCGUGCACCUGGCGGGCAGCCGGUCCCUGGUCCACGGGCGGGCAGAGCAGUGGGCCGACUCCGACAUCCCGGGGCCCGACGAUGAGCAGGCCAAGAUGUACGCGGUCCAUGGCUACGCGCCUGGCAUCUCCACCAGUGGUGCUGCCGACGGCAGCCUAGGCGACCUCAGCGAGAUUUCGUCCCACUCCAGUGGCUCACACCACUCAGGAAGCCCCUCGGCUCACUGUUCAAAAAGUAGCGGGUCUCUAGAUACGUCCAAAGUCUACAUCGUAACUCACGGCAGUGGUCAACAGCCCCCAGGGUCCAUGUCCAAGCCCUACCACAGGCAGGGGGCAGUGAACAAGUACAUCAUCGGCUGGAAGAAAUCGGAAGACAGCCCGCCCCCUGAGGAGCCUGAAGUGGCUGAGUGUCAGGGGCUGUACGGUGAGAUGGACCUGCUGUCCUCGGCAGCUCAGCAGCAAGCAGUGGUGGGAGACGCUGUCUCAGAAACUCAGCACGUGCUCUCGAAAGAAGACUUUCUGAAACUGAUGCUUCCUGACAGCCCCUCGGUGGAGGAGGGGAGGAGGAAGUUCUCGUUCUACGGGAACCUGUCUCCGCGGCGCGCACUGUACCGCACUCUCUCGGACGAGAGCGUCUGCAGCCAUCGCAGGGGCUCUUCCUUCGGCAGCUCCCGCAGCUCCGUCCUUGACCAGGCGCUGCCCAACGACAUCCUGUUCAGCACCACCCCACCCUACCACAGCACCCUGCCGCCCCGGACCCAGCCUGUGCCCAGCAUGGGGAGCCUACGCAGUGAGUGCCCAGGGUGGACCGCGCCGGCCUCACGGGCUCUCUGGGAUGAGUUCUGGUUCUCCGAUGGGUCCUUAUCGGAUAAGUCCAAGUGUGCAGAUCCUGGCCUGAUGCCCCUCCCAGACACGGCCACAGGGUUAGAUUGGACCCACCUCGUGGAUGCUGCCCGAGCAUUUGAAGACCAGAGAGUGGCGUCCUUCUGUACCCUGACAGACAUGCACCCCGAGCAGGACCUGGAAGGGGCCCAGGAGCUGCCUUUGUGUGUCGAUCCUGGCAGCAGCAAAGAUUUCAUGGACCCAGCUGGGGAGCGGUCUCCAUCCACACUGACUGGGAAAGUCAACCAACUGGAGUUGAUUCUUCGGCAGCUGCAGACAGAUCUUCGGAAGGAGAAGCAGGACAAGGCAGUGCUACAGGCAGAGGUACAGCACCUGCGGCAGGACAACCUGCGGCUGCAGGAGGAGUCGCAGACAGCUGCCGCCCAGCUGCGCAAGUUCACAGAGUGGUUCUUCAACACCAUCGACAAGAAGCCGUAACCAGGCCGCCACCCACCUCGGGCCCCUGGGGAAGCCCGGAGUCCCUUCAUAGUCGCCAACAUGUGGUUUUUUGCUGUGCUUCUGGCCCAUCAUAGCUGUGUUUGCUGUCCCACUCUGUCUAGCACCAUGCCCCCAGCAGGACAGGGAGCCACCGUGUGACCGCAGAGAGCAACACCCGUGAAGAUGAAUGUAACGCUGGUGUCGAGAUGAAUGUAAACUCUGGUGUCAGUGUGGACCUUUCAGGCUCUGCUGAAAUGGAGCUCUGUGUGGGCUUACCUCACAAGGGACGAUGGUUGGGCUUUAUGUAUCAGGUGACCCGGUAGAGAUAUUAAAGCAGAUUACCAUAGUUUGGGCUUUAGAAUUGUAAAAUAAACAUGAGAACAAAUAAUCAGACAUAUACUUUAAUGUUAAAGGUGCUCUAUUUUUUUGGAUGUACAGUAGUUUUAUUUCCACAGCCACAUUAUCAUAGCAAUAAGAAAGAAGCAGAUGAAAUAGUUGGAAAAGCCGUGUCGGGGCAGGGGGGACAGAAAAAGCACUGAUGUGUCUAACACGAGUUCAAAUGCAGUUCCUUUAGAGACUUAUUUAUUUGCAGGAGCAAACGGUGCCUGAAUAUUAACAGUGUUCUGAUUUAAAAAAAAAAGAUUCAUAUGCCUUGUAAAUGGCUCACUGAGUAGUCACUUCAACUCUUAGUUCACUUUUGUAUAGUUAAUGCUCUGUUGAAAAAAAGCGUCAACCUGCUUACUUACGAGAGCUCUCCUGUGUGCCGUGAGCCAGCGGAAUCACUUGUACAAUGCCAAAUUUGUUUAUCUUUGUACAGAAGCUUUGAUGAAGUGUCUUGUAUUUAACACCCUUAUUUAAGCUUAUUUAACCUUAAAUUGUUAAUUUUAUAAACUUUGGUUUCACCUGCACUAUGACGGAGGGCAGUGUAGGUGGCAGAGGACUCAGAAGAGGCUGAGCUUGCCAGAGCAGAGUGAGGAGCGGGGCCGGACCUUCUAACAACUGGAUGCUGCUAGUAACAAAUUGUUUGUAUUGCUUUACCAUUUUUAACUGUUCUAUUUGAGAUGAACGUACAUUUUGCUUUUUUUAAUAAAUGUUUAAAAUGAGUCCACACAA